CCACACUCAACCAUCAGACAGACAGAACUCAAAGACCUGACAAGAGUCACCAGAAGAUCAGAAAACAUCUAGUUUCUAUCUGCUGAACUAAACCACCUGUCCUCUCCUAAGAUGAAGACAUUCAGUGUUGCAGUUGCAGUGGCCGUCGUGCUCGCCUUCAUUUGUAUCCAGGAGAGCUCUGCUGACCCAAUCACUGGGGUACAAGAGCCGGAGGAGCCGAUAAGCAACGACAAUCCAGCUGCAGAACAUCAAGAGUUGCCAGGGAGAUUGGAGAAGAUGCUGUCUAACAUCAGAGAGAAGCAUCAAAUCAUUUGCUGCCAUAACUGCCAUGAAAGGAAAUCAGGCUGCGACGGCUGCCAACACUGCCAUCAAUGCCCUCAUGGCCACUGUCGGCCAUCGUAGAGCUUUUUUAGCUGAAUUAUCUGAGGAUAUUACUGUUCUUAGGGAUGUGAGCAUGAUCCCCACACUCUAUGGAAUAUCUGCAGAUACUAUUGUGUACUACCACAGUAAAGUUUAUUGUGAUUUAUAUGUGAACAUGUUCUUUUAACAAUGAACAUAAACAAACAAUUCAUGAAAGCAGUAAGAACAUAUUUAGUCUUGUAGUGUUGAUAGUGAGUGCUAAUUUUCUUUCAACUGUCACAAACAAAAAAGGUUUUAUAAAAUAAAAAACGUUAUCUAAGAAUGUUAUUUCAUGCAGCAUAUUUAGCUUGAAGGCUGAAUGGUCGGGAAAUACCUGCUGAAUACACACAAAGCUGAAUUAUCUGUGGUGAAAAUCUGCUAUAAAUACCCUACUCUGCAAUUAUUCUACUAAGAGCACUGACCUCCUGAUCAGAGGGCGACUGCUCUACCAUCUGAGCCACAGCAGACCCUUGCCACAAGCCUCAAUCCCCUCUUUCUGUGGAAAAACCAUUCAGUUAGAGUUUGAAAAAGGACAAUCUGUCAGAUCAAUGGGAUAUUGGAACAAUGACACUCGUACUACACAACUACACUGCAAAAAAAGAAAAGUUGGGUGAACUCAAAAUUUCAAGGCAACUUCAAUAAAAUUUUAAGUUGGACAAUUAAACUAAAUAUUUUAAGUUUUGUUUUUGAGUUUGCUCAACUCUGAAUUCAGAUUUUUGUCAACUACUAUAAGUUGUACUAACUUUUACAUUGUAAUAACUUUUAAUCCUUACUUCUGCUAACUUCUUCAAUGUGCUGAAUUGGCACGAUUGUAACGCUGCUACGAAAUGUCAGCUAAUGUUGCGACCACAAUUUUGAGUUAGCAUUGAUACCCUAAUGGCUUCUCUUGUAGCUGUAACAUAGCCUGGCUAACACCAGACUAAAUUGUAAUUAGUCUGGAAACCAGCCGUUCAUUUCUCCGUAGAGGAGGCGUGGUUUACAAUCCUCCGGAGCCGUUUAUUGGGCCCUUAGAAUGUCUAUCAAAAGCGUCUGUAAGUAGCUCUUAGCCAAUCGUAUCAGUUAUACCAGAUGACGUUUGUAGAGCGACAGAAAUGGAUGUUUGUUGUGUGUGUGUCUGUGAGAGAGUGUUGCUUGCUGAUUUGCUUCUCCAGUUCUCGCUUUCUGCAAGAUUAUUUAUUUUCACGCUUUAUUCCCCCUCAUGUCAUUCAGCCACACACAUCCACUGAUUUUAUGGGCAAUAAACAAGCUGCUGUGGGUCUCUCGGCGGCCCCGCUGUCCCCUGGCUCGUAGCGAGAUCACCGGCGUUACGGUAUAUAUAUAUAUAUAUAUAUAUAUAUAUAUAUAUAUAUGUGUGUGUAUAUAUAUAUAUAUAUAUAUAUAUGUAUA